GAUGAGACACCGGGGGUUAACGGGGAGGCGCAGGAAGGCACCGGGGGGGGGUGUCGGUAAGGAAGGGGAUUAAAGAAGGAGGUCCCAGCCCCUCCGAGCCCCCCCCCGGGGCCUACCGAGCCCUGCGUCACUCCGCCACAGCCGCUACGCCGCUAGACCCGGAAGUUACCGGGAGCGAGGCCGGAAGCGGAAGUGACAUGUUUAAGGGCCGCCGCCUCGUGGGGAAGACGCGGCCAAGAUGGCGGAGGCGGCGGGUGUGGAGGUGUCGGUGCUGCCCGACUUGGUGCUGCUGCAGGUCCUGGCGCUGCUGCCGCUGCGGGACCGGCUACGAGCGGCCAGAGUCUGUCGCCGAUGGCAGCAGCUGGUGCAGGACCCGAUGGUCUGGAGAUACGUGGAUCUGAGCCCACACCGGCUGUGCUCCCACAGCCUGUGGCACCUUGUGCGGCGCCACCUCGGUGACAGCCUGCGGACGCUGCGGAUGCGGGGCACCCUCUGCUCCGUCAGCAAGCGGCGGCUGCUCUCCCCGGCGCUGCUGGCUGCCCUGAGCAAGCGCUGCCCCCGGCUCCACCGGCUGUCCCUGGCUGAGACGGAUCUCCGCCACGUCCCCUAUGAGAGCAUCCCCCUUUCCCUCACCAUGCUGGAGCUGAGCCGCUGCGAGAUCCCCACCGCCUGGUUCCUCGCCUCUGCGGCGCCCCAGCUGCGGCACCUCAUUGUCCACAACACCCCGGGUUUUUUCGAUCACCACCUGCUCAACGUCUCCUCCCAGAACCGCCUGAAGACGCUCAGCCUUUGCGGCACCUACCGCCUCACCGAUACAGGGAUUCAGAAGGCGGCUCCGCACCUGGAGGAGCUGGAGCGCCUGGUGCUCCGUCACUGCAGCUUCGGCGAUGCUGCCAUCUCCUUCAUCGUCCGCCACGCGAAACGUCUCCGCUUCUUGGAGAUGAGCGACACUGACUCCCUGACGGACGUGGGGCUGGCUUGUUUAGCCACGCUGCAGCACCUGCAGGCGCUGUGCCUCCACCUCUGCGAUAAGAUUUCUCCCAGUGCCGUUACUGCUUUGUGCCAAGCACUGCCCCAGCUGAGGAACCUCAAAUUAACCUUUGAAAAGGAAGAAAUCGAUAAAAUUCGGGCAAUUUUGCCCCACUGUAGUGUUUCACACGCUCCUUGACGCACAGUCUGAAGCAGCAGAGCGUUUGCUGUUCCUUAUUACAUGUGAAGUUCUCCCUUUGGUGUAAAAACCUGUUUCUCUGGAAGCUGCUAUAUGUAUUUUUGGGGCAAAAUUUCUGUCCUUCUGCCCUUCGUAUGAAAUGGCUUCUCAGAAAGUUGGUUUGGGUAGGAUUCCCCCCCAUUUUCUGUGCCUCAGGGGCCGGGGAGCACCUAGCUUUUGGGAACCCCACUGAUGAAGUGACCAAAAACCGGCUGAGGUUACAAGUUUAACCUCUUUGCCUUCUCCUCUUCCCCCACCACUAAACGUUGGGAAGCUGCUUAAUGAGCACGGAAUUCCAGAAUGCUGCUGGAAAAAAACAAAAUCUGGCAGCCCAAACCCCAGACUCCCAGUUCAUGUCUGACUGCGAUUGCUUAACCGCCCUGCACCAAGGCGCCGCACUCUGCCGGGGAAGAAAUAAUUGGGCGACACGUUCCAGAGCUGUUCUUUUCUUGGAAAAGUGGAGGUGAUCUGCCCAGCCAGCGAGCGUUUUCAAGUCCAGGAUGUCACCUCGCUUCUACUGUCGUUCAAAUUGAGUUCUUCAGGCUGCUCCUCAGAAAGGUUUUGGUUGUGGGGUGUCCUGAACCGGCCUGGAGAGCCACAUGUCUCUUGAGCUGGUGUUAUCUCUGGAUUUUACUGGGAGCAGCCACCUUUCCUCGUCACCUUUUAUUGUCUGUGUUCUCCUUUUCCUCCCCACAAUGUUGUAACCCCAGGUGACCAACACCACGGGCUGUGACGUGGCUGUUCUCAGGUUCUUGAGCCAAAGAUGUUUUCAUAUCGUUGUAUUUAUUAAAUAAAGAUGCUUUUGAUACA